AUGCCACAGCAAGGAAGUUAUCCAGUAGGACCAGAAACAAAGCCAGAAGGCGAAGGAAGACCAAGAAGAUACUUUGGCAACAAGCCAGAUGAGCCAUUGCCAACGUGCCCAGCGGAAGGCGUACACACACUUUAUGACAUUAUCCAGUACUGCGGCCGUGUUCAUGGCGAGAGAAACGCCAUCGCUUACCGUGACCUCAUCAAGGAGCAUGUCGAGGAGAAGGAGGUCCAAGGCCCAGAUGGGAAAAAACACCCAAAGAAAUGGACUUACUUUGAACUGAGCGAGUUCAAGUGGCUCACCUGGCCUCAGAUUCUCAAAAAGGUUGAAAAUAUUGGCUCUGGUUUGGCUAAUUUGGGUUUGAGUAAGGAGACGAUUUUCAACAUCUACGGACAAACAGCAGCCAACUGGCAAAUCAUGGCGCACUCGUGCGUUAGGCAGAAUGUCCCUUUCUGUACCGCAUACGAUUCACUUGGCCCUUCUGGAUUACAGCACUCGUUGUCUGAGCCAGAUGUUGUCGGUAUGUUCACCAACGCUGAUCUUCUCCCAGUGGUUUCUAGUGUCAUCAGUGAGACACCGUCUGUCAAUAUCGUAAUUUAUGACGGCGUAGCGGACGAGGAGCAGAUCAAGAAGCUGCAGUCUAUCGAACGCACUGGCGGCGAAAAGCUCAAGGUUAUCCACAUGGACGAGGUUGAGAAAAUCGGCUCAGAGAAGCCAGUCGACCCAAAACCGCCACACAAGGAUGACACUGUCACCAUCAUGUACACUUCAGGCUCCACUGGUGCACCUAAAGGCGUUGUUCUCACCCACGAGAACCUCGUCUCGGCCGUCGCUGCCGUCAUCAAGAUGUUAGGGCACCACUUAACAAAGGACGAUACCUUCCUCGCAUACCUGCCAUUAGCUCACAUUUUGGAAUUUAUCGUAGAACUGCUGAUCAUGUUCGUCGGUAUGCCUAUUGGAUAUGGUCGCGUCAAGACCCUCACCGACCAGUCUAUGCGCAACUCCAAAGGCGACAUCCAGGCAUUUAAGCCAUCUAUCAUGAUCGGUGUUCCAGCUGUGUGGGAAUCUAUCCGCAAGGGUAUCCUCGCAAAGGUUGGGCAGCAAGGUGCGCUCAAGAAGAAUAUCUUCAGCGGUGCUAUGGCAUUGAAGAAGACAUUCGGUGGUAAGAUCCCUCUCGUAAGCUCUCUCACUGAUGCGGUUGUUUUCAAGGCGAUCAAGCAGCAGACAGGGGGGAGAUUGCGUCUUACUCUUUCUGGUGGCGCUGCUCUCAGCAAAGACACGCAAGAGUUCUUGUCUACGGCGCUAGUUACUGUGUUGCAGGGCUAUGGUAUGACUGAGAGUUGCGGUAUGUGUGCUAUCUUGCCACCUGAAUUCAUGCAGUACAAUGUUGUCGGUGUGCCUGUCCCCGCUGUCGAAAUUAAGCUCGUUGAUUGCCCAGAAGCCAACUACAAGUCUUCGAACAACCCGUCACAAGGCGAAAUCUUUAUCAGGGGUCCUUCCAUCACUAAAGGCUACUUCAAGAGACCUGAUGUAGACAAGGAGGUGUUUGUUGGAGAUGGCUGGUUCAGAACUGGUGAUGUUGGACAGUGGAAUGCUGAUGGUACACUUUCAAUCAUCGACAGAAUCAAAAACCUCGUCAAGUUGCAGGGCGGUGAAUAUAUUGCACUUGAGAGACUCGAAUCGCAGUACAAGUCGUGUCCAUUAGUUGGGAACAUCUGUGUGAUUGCAAACAACAAUGCUAAGCAGCCAGCGGCGGUUAUUGUGCCGAAUGAAGCGCACUUCAAGGCCUUUUUGAGUGAGAAGGGGAUCGGAAAUGCUAGUGACAUUGGGUCAUCGUUGCAGGACAUGCAAGUCGUCAAGGCAUUCACCGCGGAGGUUAAUCAAGGCGGCAAAAAGGCUGGGUUUAAGGGCAUGGAGUUGCUCGAGACUGUCAUUCUCACCCUCGACGAAUGGACUCCUCAGUCUGGCCUCGUUACUGCUGCUCAGAAGAUUCAACGUAAGGCCAUCGAGAAGCAAUACGCGGAGCCUAUUAGCAAGUUUUACAAUCACUAA